UCAAUGAAAUGUCGUUUCACGGUAUAAGAAAGUGUUCACAUUUAUGAUAACUCAAAAAUUCUAUGCUGAAGGAAUCAUAGAGUAAAUAGAUGAGCUUGCUGUCAAGAUCCUUUUCGUCGGAUUCUUGAUUUCGAUUAGUCAUGAAGUUCAACAAAUUGGUAACGGCUGAUAGAAGUAAAUGCCGUAAAAGGCAUUUUACUGCUCCCUCUCACAUUAGGAGGAAAUUAAUGUCGUCUCCUCUAUCUAAAGAACUUAGACAAAAAUACAACGUUCGAUCCAUGCCCAUCAGAAAAGACGACGAAGUACAAGUCGUUCGAGGCCACUACAAAGGACAACAAGUCGGCAAAGUUGUCCAAGUGUACAGAAAGAAGUUUGUAAUUUAUAUUGAAAGGAUCCAAAGGGAAAAAGCCAAUGGAGCAAGUGUUUACGUAGGAAUUGACCCAUCUAAGGUUGUUAUAGUCAAGCUCAAGAUGGACAAAGACCGUAAAAACAUUAUUGACCGUAGAGCCAAAGGACGUGCUCUUGCUCUUGGUAAAGAUAAAGGAAAAUACAAAGAAGCAGCAUCUGCUGUUGAGACAUCUUAGAUAUAUUUUCUUUUAUAAAUAAAAUAAUAAGUUAAUAAAUUUUGUUUUGUA